AUGAUGACUAAAUAUGUUUUUGUUCAAUGGAUUGGACAUGAUGUGAAACAUUUAUUGAAGGCCAAGGCAAGUGAAAUUAGACAAUCCAUUUACAAUUUCGUUCACAAGGAAUUGUACAUGUCUGGUGAAAUUCAGGGAUGUACCAAACCAGAACAUGUCACAUUGAAGCUUGUGAUGGAAAAGAUUACAGGAUCCAAUGUUCGUGGAAAUGAAAUGAAAUUAGAAAAGAAGGAUAAGAAGUUUGAAGGUCUAGGUAAAGAAAAGAAGAGCAAAUUAUCGGUCAAGGAUCAAGAUACGUUGAUGCACCUUGUCGAAGAUAUGAUUUUGCAAGAUUAUCUUGAAAAGAAUGAUGAGAAAAAGGAUGAAGAUGAAGAAAAUGAAGAAUGGAGAAAUCACAAGAGAAUCUCUCAAGGAAAACUUGAUUGGAUUCUCAUGAGCUAUGUCAAAGAUUCCAUUGAUGAAAUUGAAGUGACAGCUCAUGGAGAAGGAGAUGUUCAAAACUUUAAGAGUUAUUUGAAACCAAAUUCUGUGAACUUUGCAAUUAUUCGAGUUUUCCAUGCGCAAGGUUAUGCCAAAGAUAUUUCCAUGCUCACGGACAAUAGAAUCAAUUUGGCAAAGCCAUACUUUACUUUGAUUUAUUGGAAGGGUGAAAUGUGCAAGUAUUGGAAAAGGCCCUUACUUCCCAUCACUUUAAUUCAUUCCACAAAUUGA